UCUCUUUCUCUCAUCACAUUCACGAGGGAUUGGAUAGCCCCUGCAGCGGAGCUGAGCUGAGCUGAGACUGGGAGAGGAUACACUGCACAGUCCAUUGGAGCGAAAAUCAGUCCAGAGGAGGAGGACUUGGAGGCUCAUCUCCUGUCUGUCUGUCCCGCUCUCUCUCUCUCUCUCUCUCUCUCUCUCUGUGUUCUUUCUUCGAGACCAGUUCCGGUUUUCAUCUGAUCGGGCGACUAUGAAGUGUGGAGGAAGAACUACCGCGUCCCGGAUUCUGCUCCUGUUCUUGUAUCUGUCCGUCGAGGCAUUCCAGGUCUGCCUCUCGGAUUUCCCCCGCAUAUGGAAGAGGUCGCCUUCCGCUCCUCCGCCGGGCUCCAUCGUCCUCCCUCUCUCCGGGAACGUUUACCCUCUUGGGUAUUACUCUGUGUCUCUGAAAGUGGGCCGGCCGCCGAAGCUCUACGACCUUGACAUUGACACGGGCAGCGACCUCACCUGGCUUCAGUGUGAUGCUCCCUGCACAGGUUGCACCAAGCCUCGGGACCAACUGUACAAGCCCAACAACAACCUCGUGCACUGCAAGGAUCUUCUCUGCUCUGCGAUUCGCACGACCGGGAACGAGCCUUGCAAGACCCCUCAUGACCAGUGUGACUAUGAUAUCGAGUAUGCAGACCACUGUUCCUCCCUUGGCGUGCUCGUCAAUGACCAUUUCACCUUCCCAUUGACCAACAAUUCUAUCCUCAGUCCACGCUUGGCCUUCGGAUGUGGGUAUAAUCAACAUAUUCCGGGAUCAAUAUCUCCUCCUCCAACUGCUGGUGUCCUCGGCCUCGGGAAUGGGAAAACAAGCAUUAUGACGCAACUACAUGGCCUUGGUGUGAUCAGAAAUGUGUUAGGCCACUGCUUAAGCACGAAAGGUGGGGGAUUCCUGUUCUUUGGAGACCAUCCUGCCCCUCCGUCGAAAAUCUCAUGGGUGCCUAUGUUUAAUUUGGAGAAGCACUACUCGUCGGGACCAGCGGAACUUCUUAACAAUGGGAAGCCGAGCGGUGUUAAGGGUCUUGAGGUGAUCUUUGAUAGUGGGAGCUCGUACACUUACUUCAAUUCUAAGGCUUAUCGAGCCAUUCUUAAUCAGCUAAGGGGAGAUUUGAAUGGGAAGCCACUGAAAGAUGCGACUGACGAUAAAUCCCUCCCAGUGUGCUGGAAAGGGGCAAAGCCCUUCAAAUCAAUCGAUGAUGCGAAGGCCUACUUCAAGCCUGUAGUGUUGAGCUUCACAAAGAAUGUUCAGUUCCAAAUUCCACCCGAGGCUUACCUCAUUGUUACUAAACAUGGGAAUGCAUGCCUGGGAAUUCUUAGUGGCACCGAAGUAGGACUCGAGGAUCACAACGUAAUUGGAGACAUUUCACUGCAAGAUAAGAUAGUCAUCUACGAUAACGAGAAGAAGCAGAUAGGAUGGGUUUCUGCGAACUGUGAUCACCUCCCAAAGUCCUGAACCCCGAUUCUUUCUCAAGUAAAGUUCUUCCUUUAAAACUAAUUAUGCAGCGUGAGCCUUCUCACCUGGAAAAUUUUCCCUUUUUCCAAUAAACAGCGGGGACCCCCAUCAUAACGAAGGUAUUUCUCAGCCUUAUUAUGCAGCAGGUCACACUUACCGUGAAGAUCUGUAAUUUUUGGAUGCUGAAGAUAUCCAGAACACACCUUCCACCGCUCUUCCUAUUUUGAUGUACAGAGAGAUUAGAAAUGUGUUUCCGUCGUACAAGGGUUCUGGAUCUGAAAGAGUUACAUUCUUUCCCGUCAUGUACCGUGUUGAACUCAGUUUUGAUAGGUUAAAGUAUGUAAUUUAUCAUGGACCCAGAGAAUCAUAGAAAGUAAAAAGUCUAGUUACAGGUAA